GAUGUGGAACAGUCAGUAUCUCUGCGAGCGUGGUAAGCGAAGGAUGUGAGCGCGGUGUUUCUCUUCUGUUUGGAGUCAGUGAGAAGGGUAUAAACUCCCUCAUUGAGCCUGGAGGAGAAUUCUGUUCAGAGUCCCGGGAUCAUAACAGUUUAUCCGUAAGGAUGACGCUACCAUCACUCUACGCGGCCCGGAGAUCGCAGCGGCCAUAUCGCUAUGGCAUGAUCCUGUUGUGUGUUGGAGCGCUUAUAAACUGGCUCGGUCUGGCAGAGAACUACGUGGAACCGGUGCGGUAUAUCGGAGUGGGCUGUAUUAUUGCAGGGGCCAUGCUCAUAUGCGCGGCUAUGUGUUGCUGGCUGCAGCGACCCGCCACUGAUAAUGCUGACAACAUCAGCCAGAUCUCCGAAUUGGACCACCAGAUACACGUGAUCGAAGUGCCAUGCUCUUUGGAAUCGAAUAUCAUUCAGCAGAAGCCACCAGACUAUGACACAGUAGCUGAUGCGCCACCCAGCUAUGAAGACGCGAUUAAACUAAGUCCGUCUCUGCUCCUAGCAACCACCAAUGGCGCCAAUUCACAUUCUCAUCCAUCACAACCCUCCACGCCAUCAACAUCAGCAAAUAGAUCUACCACCCGGUCUGCAGCACAUGUAGAAAUGAGUUCUGAGAUCGCAUCAGCGUGUAGUUCCGAAACUAAUUCAAAUUUUGACUCAGCAAGUAGUUCGUCUCGAAGAGAAACCGUCAGCAGACUACAAGAAGUCAGUGUUGAUCAGUGCGGUGUCCCGUGUACUCCACCUCCGCCGUAUGUAGCAACGAGGUGAUUCUAGGAUACGCGAACACCUUCCCUUACCUGAAACAUAACACGUUACCUCCGCGAGGCUCCUUUAGUUCGAAAUUCAGAAAGAAGUGAUACCAUCUGCUGAGCCUGAUAUAUGUGAAGAAGUCACUUCGCACCAGCCAACGCCUACUCCAAUCACCAGGUGGGCUAUUAAGGAGACCACUGUUACCAGUACGUCAACCACGACGUAGGACCACUAUUUAUUCAACCAAAAUCUGAAUAGAAUAAUCGGAAAUAUACGUCGGCUAUCUACCAGAACCGCCACGGUGGUCUAGCGGUUAGGACGCUGGCCUUGUAAUCCUGGGGUCUCGGGUUCGAUUCCCGGCGGUGCCCGAAUUUAUAACUUGUGUUGGGCAAGGCCGUGGUCUAGGCAACACG